AACAUAUCUAAAUCAUAUCCAUUUAAACUUAAAGAAAACUAAAGAAUACUAGAGAAAGUUAACAAACAAAAGAAAUAUAAAAUGUCUACUGAGAAAGAAUGGAAAGAAAAAAUUGAAUAAUUUUAUGAUGACACUAUUAGCUUAAAUACAUAUAAGGAAAUGUUUUAUUUGAAAAAAGAUACAUUUGGUGAAUUUGAAAGUGUAAAUAGCUAGUUUGAUCAUGACAAAAUAGUUUGCAUGGCAUAUGCUAUUAAAGAUAUUUCUAAAUAAUGUUUCAAAUAAUGUAUAAAUGUUCAUUUAAAUGAUUAUCCCAAAUAAGAAUAAUAAUGCAUUAGAUAGUGUAUAGAGUCUUAAAUAAAAGGAAUCCAUUUAAUAAUUAAAAAGUUUGAGAGAUAUUAAUCAAAAAGAAUAUAAGAAAUGUACAAAUAAGAAAAUUAAAAUUAGUGA